AGUCAACCAACUGGUAAUGGUAGGACAAGACGUGCGCGUAUUAGUUAAAUAUAAAAAAGGUUUUAAGAAAUGUUGCGAUAAAGUUGUAUAAGAAUUUAAAUAAGAAAAAAGACAAGCAUCAACCAAGGACAUGCAAAAACAUGAACCUGAAUUUCACGUUGCGGGCCUAAUACAUUGUUAACUUAAAUCAUCCACGUGUCUUUAAAAAGAUGAAACAGAAAAAUAAUAACGGAACAAUUUUAGUCGUCGUGAUGGUUUUAUCCUGGAGUCGAGUAGUAGACUUAAAAAGUCCUAGUAACACACAUACUCAGGAUUCAGUGUCUGUUUCUCUGCCUGGCGACAUUAUACUUGGUGGGCUAUUUCCGGUCCAUGAAAAAGGUGAAGGUGCCCCUUGCGGACCAAAAGUAUAUAAUAGGGGAGUUCAACGCCUGGAAGCAAUGCUGUAUGCUAUAGAUCGUGUAAACAAUGACCCCAACAUACUUCCUGGAAUUACGAUAGGAGUCCAUAUACUUGACACCUGUUCAAGAGACACAUAUGCCCUCAAUCAGUCGCUUCAAUUUGUCAGAGCAUCCCUAAACAAUUUAGACACAUCAGGAUAUGAGUGUGCAGAUGGGUCAAGCCCGCAACUAAGAAAAAAUGCUUCGUCAGGCCCAGUUUUUGGAGUUAUUGGCGGGUCCUACAGUUCAGUGUCCUUGCAAGUGGCCAAUUUGCUGCGUCUGUUUCAUAUUCCUCAAGUAUCACCGGCCUCAACCGCUAAAACGCUUUCGGACAAAACACGCUUUGAUCUGUUUGCUCGAACAGUACCUCCAGACACUUUCCAAUCCGUAGCCCUCGUGGACAUACUAAAAAACUUUAACUGGUCAUACGUAUCAACGAUACAUUCGGAAGGAUCUUAUGGUGAAUAUGGGAUUGAAGCAUUACACAAGGAAGCUACCGAACGAAAUGUUUGCAUAGCGGUAGCCGAGAAAGUACCCAGUGCCGCAGACGACAAAGUUUUCGAUUCCAUUAUAAGCAAGCUUCAAAAGAAGCCUAACGCUCGCGGCGUUGUUCUUUUUACGAGAGCUGAAGAUGCGCGUCGAAUUUUACAAGCAGCUAAACGAGCUAACUUAUCGCAACCAUUUCAUUGGAUAGCAAGUGAUGGUUGGGGGAAACAACAAAAACUACUCGAAGGCUUAGAGGACAUCGCUGAGGGUGCAAUAACUGUAGAACUGCAGUCAGAGAUAAUCGCAGAUUUUGAUCGCUACAUGAUGCAACUGACGCCAGAGACAAAUCAAAGGAAUCCUUGGUUUGCUGAAUACUGGGAAGAUACAUUCAACUGUGUUUUGACAUCUCUUUCGGUAAAACCUGAUACUUCAAACUCGGCUAAUUCUACUGACAAUAAAAUCGGCGUCAAAGCAAAAACAGAAUGCGACGAUAGUUACCGGUUAUCUGAAAAAGUUGGAUACGAACAGGAGUCAAAGACACAAUUUGUUGUGGAUGCCGUCUACGCAUUUGCCUAUGCACUUCAUAAUUUGCAUAAUGAUCGUUGCAACACACAAAGCGACCAAACGACUGAGACAAGGAAGCACCUACAAAGCGAAUCUGUGUGGUAUCGAAAAAUUUCGACUGAUACUAAGUCCCAAGCGUGUCCUGACAUGGCUAAUUAUGACGGAAAGGAGUUUUACAACAAUUACCUUUUGAACGUAUCAUUCAUAGAUCUUGCUGGCAGCGAAGUUAAAUUCGAUCGACAAGGCGAUGGUUUGGCCAGAUACGACAUUUUGAAUUAUCAACGGCAAGAAAACUCUUCAGGAUAUCAGUAUAAGGUUAUUGGAAAAUGGUUUAAUGGUUUGCAACUAAACUCAGAAACAGUUGUAUGGAACAAGGAAACCGAACAACCUACUUCGGCCUGUUCACUACCAUGUGAGGUCGGAAUGAUCAAGAAACAACAGGGGGAUACCUGUUGCUGGAUAUGCGACAGCUGUGAAUCUUUUGAAUACGUAUAUGAUGAGUUUACGUGUAAAGACUGCGGUCCUGGACUUUGGCCCUAUGCUGACAAGCUCUCCUGCUAUGCUUUAGACAUCCAGUAUAUGAAAUGGAACUCGUUGUUUGCCCUUAUUCCGAUGGCAAUUGCAAUUUUUGGUAUUGCACUGACCAGUAUUGUAAUAGUUUUAUUUGCAAAAAAUCAUGACACUCCAUUGGUAAGAGCAUCAGGACGAGAGCUAAGUUAUACUCUUCUUUUUGGUAUACUGGUUUGUUAUUGUAAUACUUUUGCACUGAUAGCUAAGCCAACAAUUGGCUCCUGUGUUCUACAAAGGUUUGGUAUUGGGGUUGGCUUUUCCAUUAUAUACAGUGCCUUGCUAACAAAAACAAAUCGAAUUUCACGAAUCUUUCACUCUGCUUCUAAGUCAGCACAGCGCCUUAAGUAUAUUAGUCCACAAUCACAAGUGGUGAUAACUACCUCUCUGAUCGCAAUACAGGUGCUAAUCACAAUGAUUUGGAUGGUAGUUGAACCACCAGGAACUCGAUUCUAUUACCCAGACCGAAGGGAGGUGAUUCUUAAAUGCAAAAUACAAGACAUGUCCUUUCUCUUUUCUCAGCUUUAUAAUAUGAUUCUCAUAACCAUUUGCACUAUUUAUGCAAUUAAAACGAGAAAAAUACCUGAAAACUUUAAUGAGUCGAAGUUUAUUGGAUUUACCAUGUAUACCACAUGUAUAAUCUGGCUUGCGUUUGUACCCAUAUAUUUCGGAACUGGAAAUUCCUAUGAGGUGCAAACUACUACGUUGUGUAUUUCAAUAAGUCUAAGUGCGUCAGUGGCUCUUGUAUGUCUUUAUUCACCUAAAGUAUACAUCCUCGUCUUUCACCCGGACAAGAAUGUCCGCAAGCUGACUAUGAACAGCACCGUCUACAGGCGAUCGGCAGCGGCGGUAGCUCAGGGUGCGCCAACCAGCUCUGGAUAUAGUCGCACACAUGCACCAGGCACUUCUGCGCUAACAGGAGGUGCGGUAGGAACAAAUGCGUCUUCAAGUACCCUUCCGACACAAAAUAGCCCCCACCUUGAUGAAGCAUCAGCCCAAACAAAUGUUGCUCACAAGACCAAUGGAGAAUUUCUACCCGAAGUUGGCGAACGCGUUGAGCCAAUCUGUCAUAUAGUAAAUAAGUAAGAUUAAUCGUGAGGAAAAAUCUCACUUCAAAACACUGUGCAACAAAAUAAGACGGUGUAGGUGAAAGCAAGGACUUAGAGAAAUACACAGGUCCUCAACGUUAGAAAAUGAUUGGACGUGUAACAUUCAAACUUUCAGUUAGGUAUUUUUAAUUCAUUGUUAAAUAUGUUAUCCGAAUCCUAACCUCAAAGUCUGUUUUUAAAUUGAAUUCGGUAUCUGUUAAAUGAAAUUUUUUACAAUUUUUUAAAAUAACAGGAUCAAAUGAUACAUCCGAGUGCCCCAACUAUCGGAUACCCGUUAUGGAAACUAUCAAUUCACUUUUUCUCCAAUAGACACUGACGUAUUGACAAGUCAAAACAGUAUUGAAAUCAUACCAUAUGGAUUAUAAUAAAUUUAUGGAACUUUUCGGUAGGAACAUAGUUAUUAAAAGAAAAAGUAGACUGAAAAAAUAUAUGAUGGUGUCACAAUCUUUGAAAUUUAACUUGAUCUGGGUAGUCAUACUUACAUAGCUAGAGUCUAAAUCCUUAAUCCCAACUAUCGUGCUCUGUUAAGUUCCGGAAUUACGACGUUUUACCAACAGGCGACAGUUUAUAAAUCGUUUUCACCUAAAAUUAUGUAACAGGUAGCUUUUUUACUUCAUAAAUUGCAACAUGUCAUGGACAAAUUUGGCAAGUCAAAUAUUUGUAUUAUCUAUAUACCGGUUCAUUUUUAUGGUCGUCCAAACAAAUAAAGAAAACUUUAAUUUUUUAAAACAUAAUUGUUCAAAGCAACCAUGUCGUCCCAAAAUAUAUACAAAGUGCAAUAAAAUGAUUGCCUUAUAUGGUUUAUUGAUUUCUGUCAUUUUGCAACGCAACAAAAGAGACUUGUACAAAUAUUUAAGCUGAGUGAUGAUUUUCGUCCUUUUUGACGCCAACUAGCUUGCAGUAUUUAUUCAUACCCAAAGAUCAUGAAAUGGAAGAUCCCAUUUUUCCGAUGUAAAUUUUAUUCACUUUCUAUGAAUGUUUCUUCGCUUACCGUAUGAACGUCGAGAUCUAGGGUACUAUAAAAGCUAAAAAGUUUGAAUUGAGCAUUUAAAUUCUAGCGAUGCCUACGCUCUCAAACAACAAACCUCUGUCACGGCGAGGUCUUUUUUAGUGUUGUGAUUUAUAUACUAAUUUUAUGUAACCACUCGCACUGCCGUUAGCUCCUGUGCACUUUCGAAAACAUUCGCAUUGCUCCUUGCGUAACUUUUCCGCAGAAGAGUUGAGUGAAGGGUAUCUGGUGGUUGUGCACUCGACUUAAGCGACUUAGUUCUUCCAUUUUGAAUGAAACCAUGUUUUAAGAUCAUGCACAUGCCUAUAUCCUAACCAAUAACAAAGUAAAAAAAAUCAAAUAUAUUAUUAAAUAAAUUUAAUAGAAAUUACGUAAUAUCGCUUACAAGUCACAACAUAUCUGUAAAAUGGUAAAAUACUUAUGUGUGAACUACGUAUCAUAACCUUUUGACAUUAUUUUACAAAUACGUAUAUGGUAAAAAUAUGUUAGUUCAAAAACUUUAAAAUUGUACUCUAGCAGAAGUUUAUUACACAGUAAAACAGCUUUUUAACCGUAGAAUAUAUUCUUUUGAAUAACAAUUUUGACAUUAUUUUACAAAUACGUAUAUGGUAAAAAUAUGUUAGUUCAAAAACUUUAAAAUUGUACUCUAGCAGAAGUGUAUUACACAGUAAAACAGCUUUUUAACCGUAGAAUAUAUUCUUUUGAAUAACAAUUUUGACAGAAUACUCAAAAAUGAAUGAAUGGACUUAAUUUGUAUUUACAUAGUUACAAUCAAAAUGUAUUUCCAAUUUUGAUCAAUAAAUAGAUCAAGUUUAAUUUUAAUAAUUAUUUUCAAAUAAAGCUGUGCCCUGGUACGGUAAACAUUUCAUUAUGUAAGUGCAAAUAAAAGUUUAACACCAAAAAAGAAGAAAAGGUAAUGCUCCAACGUUCCAACGUGAAAUAUGAAUACACACAUACAUACAUAAAAGAAUAAGAUAAACUUCGAGAUUCAAAUUCUACAUAACAUGACUUAAAAAUCUCUUUUUACGAGUGGCGAUUGUGUUUUGUAUUGAGGGUUGAUUUUUGAUGGAUAAGAUUCUUUAGGUAUUCCCCAAAACUCGCUUUAUUCUACGAUUAAUGGAAUUACUUAUGUUAUUCCAUGAAUAUUUGUUUGAAUAUGUUAAUAUAAACUUGUUUAUAAUGUUUUUUCAUGUACAGAGAAAUACUAACAUUCUUUGAUGAGUUUAAUUUAAAAAAAUUAUGUUUGCUCAAUGGCCAACACUAAAACAAUGCUACCCAUUAACCAAAUGGGUAGUUAAUUAUCCUAAUGUUAUUUAAUGUUAAAGUUCUAAAUUAAUACUCAUAAUAUAUUAAUUAUACAUAUACAUUUUAUAGUCGUAACCCGAAAGUAUGCCAGUCUUAUAUAACAUCUAACUAACAAGACGAUCAAUGGAUUAAACAAAGAGAAAUUAAUAUAAAGUUCCUUCAACUUUUUAAUUCGCGUUUUUUAAUAGCGUUUAAUUCUUUGUUUUACCAAAGUUGUCCAGAUAAUUCAUUUUAAAAAUAUUGAAAUUCAAAUACGCGAAGAUACAACAAAUAAAAACAAAUUUAACAAUAAAAAGCUAUAAAAGGCGUAUGACCCCAAACCCCUUAUAUAUAAUAUAUUUAGCCCAGCAAAUCAUUAUAAAAGUACACUGUAAAAUCUUAAACCGUAUCUAAGUACAAAUAAAUCGUAUUAACUCUAUAAACAUAACAUAGAUGCAAAACAUAAAUUAUAAGGAUAAGUUAACAAUAAAAAACCAAAGCAACG